GACCCACGCUGUCUCCGAGGUGCACCUGAAUUAGGGCGAAGUGACAGUCCCUGCCUCCCUCUCCUCUCACCGCUGCUGCCUUGAAGCCUGAACUCCAGUCUUCCUUACCUACUUGAGACUCUUCCAGCGUGUCAUGCUUGUCUUAGAGUAUUUAGUGUUUUGUUUCCUUUUCUGUACUGACUUCCUAAAGUAUUUUAAAAACCUAGGCCAGGCCUUCAUCUCUUCCUUUGCCUCCUUACCCCCAGCCAUCCCACAGCAGACGCUUUUCCUUCCGUCCGGAACCAGAUCCUUACUGUCAAGCUAAAUACACUUUCUGUCCCACUGGCUCCCCUAUCCCAGUGAUGAAGGAUGAUGAUGUCAUUGAAGUCUUUCGAUUACAAGCCCCAGUGUGGGAAUUUAAAUACGGAGACCUCCUGGGACACUUGAAAAUUAUGCACGAUGCCAUUGGAUUCAGGAGUACUUUAACUGAAAAGAACUACACAAUGGAAUGGUAUGAACUUUUCCAGCUUGGAAACUGCACAUUUCCCCAUCUCCGACCUGAAAUGAAUGCCCCUUUCUGGUGUAAUCAAGGAGCUGCCUGCUUUUUUGAAGGAAUUGAUGAUAUUCACUGGAAGGAAAAUGGGACGUUAGUUCUAGUAGCAACCAUAUCAGGAGACAUAUUUAACAAAAUGGCAAAGUGGGUAAAACAGGACAAUGAAACUGGGAUUUAUUAUGAGACAUGGACGGUCCAAGCCAGCUCAGAAAAAGGGGCAGAGACAUGGUUUGAAUCCUACGACUGUUCUAAAUUUGUGUUAAGGACAUAUAAGAAGUUGGCUGAACUUGGAGCAGACUUCAAGAAGAUAGAAACCAACUAUACAAGAAUAUUUCUUUACAGUGGAGAACCUACUUACUUGGGAAAUGAAACAUCUGUUUUUGGGCCAGCAGGAAACAAGACUCUUGCUUUAGCCAUAAAAAGAUUUUAUUACCCUUUCAAACCACAUUUGUCAACUAAAGAGUUUCUUUUGAGUCUCUUGCAAAUUUUUGAUGCCGUGAUUAUACACAGACAGUUCUAUUUGUUUUAUAAUUUUGAAUAUUGGUUUUUACCUAUGAAAUUCCCUUUUAUUAAAAUAACAUAUGAAGAAAUCCCUUUACCUAACAGAAACAGAACACUCUCUGGUUUAUAAAACCUUAAUUCUACUGCUUUUUUUUUCUACCAGCACAUCAGUUUUUCAGGGGGUGGUUUUACAUGUGUGGAUUUCUUAGACCUUUCUUCCUUGGGACAGAAAGGUAAAAUACACAUGGGCAGAAUUGCUGCAUAAUAAUAUCUCAGGAAUUUUUUUGGAAAGAAGCUGAAAACUCUGAUUGUGUUGGCCAAAGUGAACCCAUUAGGUGAUCUUGAUUUCAAUCUCCAAGGCUUUGUUAAUAUGGAGAAUUAUAUCAUCAGAUACACAGUAUCUUUGGACUCCUCAGAAUGUGAAAUUGUGGAUAUGGUGUGCCAAAACUUUAAAAAUAAAUAACUGUCAGUGACAUUGUCAUGGUGGGAGGUUUUUGCAGAUAUGGUAGUUACACUUUCUCAUUUAGGUACUUUCUGAUAGUUUUGACUGACUUUCCAGCCUUUGUAACUUCUAGAGCCAGUCCUAGUAGUUUGAUUUUGUUCUAUUCACUUAACCUUAAAGAGUAAUUUGGACACCACAGCUGGACUGGUCGUGCUUCCAGAUGUGGUAAAAUCAGUGAUAAAGAGCACAAGUUUCUGGCUAGCAUUUUAGAACUAGCCAGUAACUGGCAUUUUGUGAUUUAAGCAACUUAUCAUUUCCAAACCUUAGUUUCCUUAUCUCGAAAAUGAUUCAUCUGUCAUGAUUGUUGUAAAGAUUGAAGCCAUGUAUAGUUUGGCCUAGUAAGGUCACAAUAAGUGGUAACUAUAACGGUUAAUCAAAGAACAAACUGCCAUCAUUGAUCUUGCCUAAUGUGGUUUACAUGCCAACCUUUCCUGCUUUUGUAGUAAUCACCUAGACUUUGAGCUGGCAGCAUAGUGCUUCUGCGGUUCUUCACACAUAUGGAACAUGGAAGUAUCUGACUGCAGGUACAUCUGGGUGAACAGGCACCCUCUAACUAACUCCUUCACUGCUUCACACAGUCCCUCCGCCGCCCACUAAAGCUGCCAGCAGUGGAAGAAGGUACACUUCCCAGAGAGAGGGCAGGUUUUUGUCAAGGAUCUCCAAGUAGCCGUGCUUCCAUUAGGGCCAUCAAACAAGGUUUCAAGGUCCUUUAAGUGUCUGAUAACUGAACACCUUGUUUCUAUUCAUGGAAAAAAUACCAGUCAGGAAAAUGAUGAGGCAGAGAUCAGAGAAAACAGUCUGUAUUUAAUAUGUAAAUGUACCAAUUCUAUUCAGUUUCUGCCCACAUUUGAGUGCUCCCUAAGAGGUUAGUACAUUGAGUUCUCAUAAAAAGCCUAAGCGUAGGUACUCUUUACGUGAUUCAAAUGAGUAAACUGAGACUUAGAAAGGUUUCGUGACCUUUCCAUAGCCACCCACCUAGUGGUAAAUGGAGCCUCAUUUUGAACCAGGCUCUGCUGACUGAAUGGGAUGCACCAUCAAGCAAGUUUUUCAGCGCUGCUCAAAGUGUGGUCCUUAGACCAGUGCCUGGACCAUAAGUUACUAACAAACACCAUAUGUUCUGGUCUGUGAGGAGGUACUCUUAAAGCAACUUGUUGGACUAAUUUUGUUUCUGUUGAAUCUAAUUAAAAAAAA